AUGGCUACGCCCGUUGGCCAAAACGCCUUCGUACCCAAGCAGGCCAUUACCAAGGACGUCGACCUUUACGCCGAGAUCACCGCCAACUCCACAAGGGACGUCGCUCGAGCCAUAUUGGAUUUCCUGCCGCCCAUACCCGCCAACGCCAAGAUUCACGACAAUGGCUGCGGAUCGGGCGAGGUGACCAGCGCCAUCCUGGAGAGGCUCACCACCGCACAGGAUGCCGCGACCGCCGUCCGGGGCCCGGGCGUCUCCAUCGAGGCGACCGAUAUUGAUGACAGCUACCUCGACCGCCUGCGUGCCAAUUUGCACGACGCGCACGACGAGCAGCCGGCAGUGGUAACCGUCUCCCACAUGCCCGCGGAGCAGCUCGCUUUUGCUGCUGACCACUUCGACCUCUCCAUCGCCAACUUUGUCGUAUUUCUGACGCCCGAGGAAGGAUUGCCCGCGCUGCGACACAUGCACCGCACGCUGAAAACGGGCGGCACCGCCGUUGUCACCGCGUGGGCACGGCUCCCGCACGUCGACCCCGUGCGGGCCGCGCACCUCGCGACCCGCGCCGGCAGCGCCGGCGACGUUGGUCCGGAUACCGAAACCCACCACCCCGGGCCGCCGCCACCGCCGCUGCGCGAGAUACCACCCCAGUGGUGGUCGGGCCCUUAUCUCCGGGACGCGGUGGUGCGAGCCGGUUUCGACGAAGGACGGGUCGCGCUGCGCUCGGUCACCGUGUCCAUUACGGCACGCGACGAACGGCACCUGGCGCGCGUCCUCUGGAGCUAUCUUGGUCCGCCGGUCACCGGGUGGCUGCCGUCGGACGAAACGCGCUGGGACGAGGCGAUGGAUGUUAUUGUGCACAGCUUUGGGCAGGUGGAGGGUUUUCAGCGGCUAGAGGGGGAGGGCGGGUUGCGGAUCGAGUUGACGGCCAACGUGGUCCUGGCCACGAAGUUGGCUCCGCCGCCCCCCACAGAAAAUGUGUGGUACCUCGCUUAUGGCUCGAACCUAAGCUCCUCGAAAUUCAUCCACGAUCGUGGUAUCGUGCCCCUCGCUACCGCAGUGGUCACAGUACCCGGCUGGAGCUUGGCCAUGGACAGCGCCGGGGUUCCCUACUCAGAACCCGCCUUUGCAAGCAUUUCGCCCAUAGGUGAAGGCGGUGGUGGUCUAAGGGACGAGAAGCGAGUGCAACUAAUCGGGACGGCGUAUCAAGUCACGCCAGAGAUGUACACCAAGAUCCUCGCAUCAGAGGGGGGCGGCAUCGCCUACGCAGAAGUGGAGGUCCGGGCGCAGAGACUUGACGUUGAUGGCAUUCUGGGGGGUGACCCUGAGACCCCUCCGGCAGACGCCACAUUUGCAACACGGUCACUGGUGACGAACCUCCUCUUGUCAGGGGCCGCAGAGGCUCGCAUGCCUGCGGCCUACCAGGAGUUUCUGGAGAGAAUUCCCAGAUACCCACCUCCAAGUGAGGCCGUAACCCGCAUGGGUGCAGCUAUCUUCCUUGGUUUCUGGGUGCCGGUCAUGUCGGCCAUGGAGAGACUCACGAAGGCGAGUUUGAGGAGGAGCAAGACAGGUAAUGCGCCGGAUUGGGUCGUGCUCAUCGUGCGGGCUGUGGUAAUUGCCAUGUGGCUUUACCACGAUUAUGUCCACGCGCCAAUUUGGGGGAGAGGAGACUAA